AUGGAGACUCCAUCAUCAGGGACGAUAACGCCCGUCGAUUUGGAAAAUGCUGGCCCCGGUGGCAGCAUUCAAAAACGUCUCACUGUGACCUUCCGCGAUCUCAAUGUUCGAGUGACGGCACCAGAUGCCGCUUUGGGAAGUACGCUAUGGUCAGCGGUUGAUCCCCGCCAACUUGGCGACUUGUUCUCACGAAAGGAGAACCGCAAAAGGACAAUUUUGAAGGAUGUAUCGGGACAGGUCAAGCCUGGAGAAAUGCUUCUGGUUCUCGGUCGUCCAGGAUCCGGAUGUACUUCACUUCUCCGAGUCCUCGCUAAUGACCGAGAUACAUUUGAUGAAGUCAGCGGCGAAACUCGAUAUGGUAACAUCGAUCACAAAGCUGCAAAGCAGUUCCGUCAACAAAUUAUGUUCAACAAUGAGGACGAUUUGCACUUUCCCACUCUCACCGUCAACCGGACUAUGAAGUUUGCAUUGAGCAACAAGGUUCCCAACGAGCGACCAGACGCACAGGCUGACCGCAAGGAUUACGUUUUGGAGAAACGCGAUGAUAUUCUCAAUUCCCUCGGCAUCGGACACACAAAGAAGACCCGUGUCGGCAAUGAGUUUAUUCGCGGUGUUUCGGGAGGUGAACGGAAGCGUGUCUCGCUAGCAGAAGUGAUGGCAGGACAGAGUCCUGUCCAAAUGUGGGAUAACCCCACUCGUGGUCUAGACUCAAAGGCCGCUUUCGAAUUUGCUCGAUUGUUGCGUCUCGAGGCAGACGAGAACCAAAAGACCAUCAUUACAACGACUUACCAAGCGGGCAAUGGAAUCUACGACACCUUCGACAAGGUUCUCGUUUUGGCUGAUGGCAGGGUCACUUACUACGGUCCUCGUUGGUUGGCUAAAGGAUACUUUGAGUCACUCGGCUUCACUUGUCCAAAAGGCGCGAAUGUGGCGGAUUAUCUCACGUCCGUUACAGUCCUCACGGAGAGAAUCGUCCGUCCCGGAUGGGAGGAUAAGGUGCCCAACACUGCCGAGGAAUUUGAAGCAAGAUAUCGCGACAGCUACAUCUAUCAAGAACAGAUGGAUUACAUGGAUUCUCCGGACAAGUUGAGCCACGAGACAGAAGAUCUCAAGAUCGCAGUGACCAGUGAAAAGCGCAAGCAACAUAUUCCUCGCAAUCAGAGUGUCUACACUGCAAACCUGUGGGAUCAGAUUCAUUCGUGCACUCUGCGACAGUUCCAGAUUAUGUGGGGCGACAAGUUCUCCCUCAUAGUUAAGGUCGCCUCAGCUAUCAUCCAGGCAUUGGUCUGUGGAUCUAUCUUCUACAAUCUCGCCGACGACAGCAGUUCUAUCUUCUUGCGCCCUGGUGUACUCUUCUUUCCGGUUCUUUACUUCCUUCUCGAGUCUAUGUCUGAAACGACUGCAUCUUUCAUGGGUCGCCCCAUCCUCUCCCGCCAAAAGCGAUUUGGGUUUUAUCGUCCAACGGCCUUCUGUAUUGCCAAUGCCAUUACUGAUGUGCCAGUCGUGAUAAUUCAAGUAACCUGUUUCUCACUAAUCUUGUACUUCAUGGCGGCUUUGCAGAUGGAUGCCGGAAGAUUCUUCACUUUCUGGAUCAUCAUCAUUGUGCAGACCUUGUGCUUCAUCCAGCUCUUCCGAGCGGUUGGUGCCCUCUGUUCGCGAUUUGGAAAUGCUUCCAAGAUCACUGGACUCCUUUCGACGAUUUUCUUUGUCUAUGGAGGUUAUCUCGUUCCUUUCCACCAGAUGCACGUAUGGUUCCGCUGGAUUUUCUACCUGAACCCAGGAGCGUACGCGUUUGAGGCCCUGAUGGCAAAUGAGUUUGUCGGUCGGCAACUUGUCUGCAGUGAACCCGAUUAUAUCCCUUACGGCUCAGGCUACUCAAGCGAUGCCUCUCCUUAUCGAGGCUGCUCAGUCCUUGGAAGCAAUGAUGAAGGCAUCAUUGAUGGCGCAGCUUACAUCCGUGAGCAGUACAACUAUUCGGUGGACCACAUCUGGCGCAGCUUUGGAGUUAUCGUCGGCUUCUGGCUAUUUUUCAUCCUUUUGACUUCUAUGGGCUUUGAACUACUAAACAGCCAGAGUGGCUCUUCUGUCUUGCUUUACAAGCGCGGCAGUGAGAAAACCCGAGCCAAGGACGAGGAAAGGGCCCCAGCGACCAAGCAAGCCGCAGAUCCCUCAGCCCUCGCCGGCUCACUCAAGCAGUCCAUCUUCACUUGGCAUGACCUUGACUACCAUGUGCCGUUCAACGGAGAGAAGAAGCAACUUCUCAACAAGGUGUUCGGUUUUGUGAAGCCAGGAAAUCUAGUUGCUUUGAUGGGAGCCUCUGGGGCCGGAAAGACAACGCUUUUGGAUGUCCUUGCCCAGAGAAAAGACUCGGGUGAGAUCUACGGAACAAUCCUGAUCGAUGGACGCCCACAGGGUAUUAGCUUCCAGAGAACCACCGGUUACUGCGAGCAACAGGAUGUACACGAGCCCACAGCGACCGUGAAGGAAGCACUCAUUUUCUCCGCUGUUCUUCGUCAGCCGUCCUCAGUUCCAUAUGAAGAAAAGAUUGCUUAUGUGGAGCACAUCAUCGGCCUUCUGGAACUCGGAGACAUCGAGCAUGCAUUGAUUGGAGUUCCCGGUGCCGGUCUCAGCAUUGAGCAGCGUAAGCGUGUGACACUGGGCGUUGAGCUUGUUGCGAAACCCACCCUGCUUUUCCUGGAUGAGCCUACCUCGGGCCUCGAUGGUCAGAGUGCAUACAACAUUGUGCGGUUCCUACGCAAGCUUGUUGACGGAGGCCAAGCUGUUCUGUGCACAAUUCACCAACCUUCUGCUGUCUUGUUCGAUGCAUUUGACGGUCUUUUGCUUCUGGCAAAGGGCGGCAGGAUGACAUACUUUGGAGAAACCGGUCAGGAGUCGAGCAAGAUCCUUGAUUACUUCGCACGCAACGGCGCUCCUUGCCCUCCGGAUGCCAACCCUGCCGAGCAUAUUAUUGAGGUCGUUCAAGGAAGCGGUACAUCCGAGAAGACAGACUGGGUUGAGAUCUGGAGUCGGUCUGAAGAGCGACAGAAGGCCCUCGAGGAACUUGAGGCUUUGAAUCAAUCCGGUCUGGCGGAUCCAAACUAUGUGGAGGACACCGCCAAUUUCGCUACUUCUCACUGGUUCCAGUUCAAGACGGUUGCUAUCCGUCUCAGUAUCAAGAUUUGGCGGUCACCGGAUUACAUGUGGAACAAGAUCAUCCUUCACAUUUUUGCGGCUCUCUUCAGUGGUUUCACCUUCUGGAAGGUUGGAGAUGGCACUUUCUCGCUCCAGUUGCGACUCUUUGCCAUUUUCAAUUUCAUCUUCGUGGCCCCAGGCUGUAUCAUUCAGAUGCAACCCUUUUUCUUGGCGAAUCGUGACAUCUUUGAAACGCGUGAAAAGAAGUCAAAAACUUACCACUGGUUGGCGUUCAUCGGAGCUCAAACAAUAGCUGAGAUUCCGUAUCUCAUUAUUUGCGCUACGCUCUACUUCGUCUGCUUUUAUUUCACUGUCGGUUUCCCGAUCAAAGCCAGUGUUUCUGGCCACUUCUACCUUCAGAUGAUAUUCUAUGAGUUCCUGUACACCUCGAUUGGCCAGGCAAUUGCUGCAUAUUCGCCCAACGAAUACUUCGCGGCUGUCAUGAACCCGGUCCUAAUCGGUGCUGGCCUGAUCAGUUUCUGUGGUGUCGUCGUCCCCUACAGCCAGCUGCAAGCAUUCUGGCGCUACUGGAUCUACUAUCUCGAUCCUUUCACCUACCUCGUCGGGGGCCUUCUCGGUGAGGUUCUGUGGGAUGUCAAGGUUCAAUGCGAGCCAUCGGAAUUCGUCACCUUCAGUGCUCCCUCUGGACAAACCUGUGGUGAAUACAUGGCGGACUUCCUAUCAUCGCAGGCGGGCUAUUUGCUGGAUUCAAACUCUACAACAAUCUGCUCGUUCUGCCAGUAUUCCACUGGUGCUGACUACGCGAAAACAUUCAACCUCAAAGCGAAGUACUACUCGUGGAGAGAUACUGGCAUCACCGCCUUGUUUUGCAUCUCGUCUUAUGCUCUCGUCUUUUUGAUGAUGAAGCUGCGGAGCAAGAAGACCAAAAGCGCCCGGUCGGAAUAG